AUGAAGCUUCUUUCGCUCCGCCGCAGCCACGAGACCUACGAACCCGUCGGCCAGAUUGACGACGCCGGCGCAGAGAGCCAGCCGCAGCGCCGGGGCCUCAGCAAGUGGGAGCAGCGGCUCGAGCGAGCGGCCGUCGAACAGGGAGCGGGUCCGUCAUCGUCGUCGUCGCUCCGCAAGUCGGACCCCACCUCUUCCACCGCCUCGGUUCGCGCCAUGGCCGAACUCUACGUCGCCAACCCCAAGGUGUUCGCCUGA